UGCACAUAUUACGGUUCACAGCCAUGUCGACAAGAUUGUUUCUUCUUGUCUUCUUGGUCAUUUCACUUUUUCGUACUGUGCCAAUAAUCAACAGUCUUGAAUUACCUUCGGUAAGCCAAAAUAUACUCGAUGAGUGGUGGGUUCAUCGAAGUGUGCCAACCGCAUCAGUCAACUCUGACGUCAGCGAAGAAUGCAUUCGUGAUACUCGGGAAUAUCUGACGGCUCUUCACCACCGUGAAUCGUGGGCAGUACAGAUGUACGAAUCGUCUGGCAAAGUGAUUGAAAACUUGAUCCACAUCGAAGGAGGCGAGAACGUGCAUCACGAGUCGGGGUUAUUUGAUGGAUGUCUAUCUGUCCAGUCUGAUGCGGUUUCGUUCAAGGGACAGUAUUGCACUGUUUUUUUUGGACUGGAACCCGUCGUAGAAGAAGAAAGCUUCGAUGAUAUUCCGGACGCAGAUGUGGAAAAUAUUUAUUUUUACCAGAAGCCCAGCGUCGGCUUUUGCUUGCCAUCGACAUGCACUGCCAGUGACUUGCGUUCUGCAGUUGCCCAGCAAGUCGGACAUCGUGUCAGCAAAGGUAAAAACUUCUCAAUCAUGGCCAUCUCAAGCGAAGAUUACUGUUACACUGAGGAGAAAAUUCACAAUCGUAGAACGACAUUCGAUAAUGUGACUCUCAUCGUUCUGUCAGCGUUUGGUCUUUUAGCCAUCACUGUUUUUACAGCAACAGGUUACGAUGUCUUGUGCAAUAAAAAGGAACAGAAAACAGUUGAUUCCUCAUGGGCCAUUCAGUUGCUUCAGUGUUUCUCUGCUAAACGCAAUUGUAAAACGUUAUUCGAGACGACGGAGAAUAGUAAAGAUGACUUAUCUUGUUUGCACGGCAUACGCGUUUUGGCUAUUUGUUGGAUCGUGUUAAUUCACGUUGGCGGAGGACUCACUUUAACAAGAUUCAUCUACAACCGGCAAAUGAUGUUAGAAAAAACUUUACACUUGCAAUUCCAGUUCGUCACAAACGGAUUAUUCGCAGUUGACACGUUCUUUUUGCUCAGUGGCCUUUUGGUGGCGUUUACGCAACUGCGUCAGUUGGAUCAAAACGAUGGAUUCUUCAACAUCAAACGAUUUUACGGUCACAGAUACAUGAGGCUGACUCCAGUUUACGCUUUUGUUCUGGCAUUCGUAACGACACUUUAUCCGUAUUUGGGAAGUGGUCCUGACUGGCAUCUCAUCGAGCAAAAGAGUAAAGAUGUCAGAAAGAAUUGGUGGACCAACAUGCUGUACAUCAAUAAUUACGUGCAUCUGACAAAGAAUUGGUGGACGAAUCCAACCGUGGGAGCUGGAGAGACUUGGUAUCUUGCCUGCGACAUGCAAAUGUUAUGGAUCAGUCCGCUACUAAUUUAUCCACUGUGGCGUUGGAAGAGAGCCGGAAUCCUUUGCGCUAUUGGGAGCUUGUUAGUCUGUCUAGCAAUAUCCACGACACGCUUUAUCGUAUACGAUCUACCUGCCACGACUUUUUGGUUGAGAACAUCUGACGGAUUAAAAAUCGACAUAUACGCAGACAAACAUUACGCAGAGACGUUUGCUCGAUUUCCUUCCUACAUAAUAGGAAUUUUGCUGGGAUGGUUGCUGUACAAGACAAAAAAUAAAACAAUCCACAUUAAUAAAUGCCUAGUUGUUACGGGUUGGGUGAUGGCCACGUUGACUGGGAUGGCCGUGACCUACGGAAUGACCCCUUACUUGAAUGGAAAUACAGUUCCAGUCAUUAAUCCGAUUGUUCAGGUCUCAUAUGGAGUCCUCCAUCACUCGGCUUGGGCCCUUGUAAUUGGAUGGGUCGUCUUCGCCUGUACUCACGGAUAUGGAGGUUUUCUUCACCAGUUUCUGUCAUGGAAAUUCUUCCUCCCACUCAGCCGUCUGAGCUAUGCCGUCUACCUCCUUCAUCUUCAUUACAUGUUUGCCUACCUUUCUCACAUGCGCAAGCCUGUCUACAUGAGUGAAUACAUUUACGUCACAACUUACUUUGGAAUUUUGGUGACCACCUUCAUCAUGGCAUUUGCUGUCUCUAUCUUCGUUGAAAUGCCUUUAACCAAUUUAGACAAGCUCCUCUUCCCAAACAAGAUAAAAGCUCAACUGCAAACAAAAAAGAAAAAGUAAAUUACCAUCAUCAUCAAUGAAUACGUCAAAGACCUUGGCAGCAGGUGGGAGCUACUGGUCAUCCAACAAGUCAACCACAGACGGACUGCUGUAUGGUUAAGAAGCUGUCUGACAAAAUCUGCUCCA